ACUUGGCUUAAACCCAGUCCGGAUUCUCAUUGCUCAGAGUUGGAGGGUUUACAAGUUUCAGCAAAACCCCGAUCAUCGUCUUCGAUCCUUCGGACCCUCGGAAGCCUCAAAUUGUGUCACCUUUGAGCUGUGAUUUACUGUUAUUAUUCAAUAAAGUACUGAUAUUUCUUUCGGCAAUGAGACAACAGUUCUCUCGUUUAGUUUCUCAAACCCUCACUCGGCUCCCAAGACCCAUUUCACCGAUUGGCCGAAUCGAAACCCCAGCAGGAAACCCUAAUUUGAUUCGAAAAUUCUCAGCUUCAGCUCAGGAAUCCAAGCCUGCACCAUCUGAACGGGUAUCUGGCAUCGUUGAUGAAAUUUCUGGUCUUACAUUGCUGGAAAUCUCGGAUUUAACGGAAGUUUUGAGGAAGAAAAUGGGGAUUGAGGAAAUGCCCAUGAUGGCAGUGAUGAUGCCUGGGAUGGGUUUUGCCCCUGGAAUGGCGGGAACGAAGGGGAAAGGAGGUGGAGGAGGCGCGGCGAAGGAGGAGGCAAAGCAGGAGAAGACGGCGUUUGAUUUGAAGCUGGAGGGAGGUUUUGAUGCGGCUGCCAAGAUUAAGAUUAUUAAGGAAGUUAGAGCUUGUACGGAUUUAGGGUUGAAGGAGGCCAAGGAUUUGGUGGAGAAAGCUCCAACCUUGUUGAAGAAAGGGGUGACGAAGGACGAGGCCGAGAAGAUCAUUGAGAAGAUGAAGGGAGUUGGGGCGAAAGUGAUCAUGGAGUGAGCCAUUCGCAACAAUAAUCAUAGAGCAAUCUGGGCUGCGAUUUCAUGCAGAACCCAUUAGGUGAUUUUACCAAUGUAUCACAUUGCAAGCAAAUUCAUGAGCGAAGAAGACUGGUGUGGGCUUUUCGACAAUCCACAGGAUGUUACAGGAUCUGCUUUUACAUAUCGAAUAACUUAGAUGUAUGACAUCCAACCUGUAAACACUUAGCUGCAGCUUCAUAUAUAAACUGCUCAUUUCACAUAUAUCAGUUCUUUAGAUCAAAAUGAACAAGUUCAUGGGUUUAUUUUUGUAGAACUAAUGAAUUACUUUCUGUUUACACUUAAGUUAGCUUCUUUCUUUGUUCCCCCUUUGUUCUUCAAUUUCCUACUCAGAGUUAAGUUGGUUGAUAUGAGUAACUUUGUUUUAAUACUGCUACAUCUAAUUAUACUAAU